AUGCCUCAAUACUGCUCCUUCACAAACCGACACAACCAUCCUUAUUCCGUGAGGCCCCGCACCAAGGAAAACCCAGCAACCAAGCCACUUCCAUCUCACCGCACCAAGGCCAAUAUUCUGGUGGACACGAACUUUACUGUCAAACUCAGCGACUUUGGCUGCUCCAAGCGCAGCAAUGUGACCACCUCCUUCACCACUAUCGGGUCAAUCCCGUGGAUGGCGCCAGAGGUGAUCCAACAGCAGGACGGCUACGGCCGCAAGGCGGAUAUCUGGAGCUUGGGCUGUGUGGUCAUCGAAAUGGCCUCCGCAGAGCGGCCCUGGGGCAACGGAGCCUUUGAAAAUGCAUCUUGGAGACGGAGAGGGGAGGAGAUCGGAGAUUGGAGCGGGAGGAGCUCGGAGACCAAGGGACCCUGGUGGGCUCAAACGUGUUGUAAGACCAUCUGCGACAUGAAGAAGUGGGCUCGGCAGAGGUUGCAGAAGCCGGCUGUUGUGGGGGUCGAUGACUGUGAGCAGGGUGAGAGGAGCGCUCCCAAAAUGAGAGAGAUGUCAGAGCAAUGUGGGUUGGAUAUACAUGCUAUUGUUCUAUCAUCGAACAUCUAA